AUGUUCUCACGAUUAGCCCUGAAGGCUGCGAAGCCUGCAGCAUUCAGUGCUGCUAGCCUCUCGGCACGGGCCCGAUUCCUCUCCACCACCGGCAACUUUGCGGCCCAGGCUAUCCAGGGUAGCACGGGCAGGCAGAUGCCUCAGACCUUAUCCCGGGCUACGAAACCUGCUUCUGGCAUGGAGGCUACACUCACUCUCCGAGAUGGGCCUAUUUUCCACGGAACGGCUUUCGGAGCUAACUCUAACAUCUCUGGCGAGGCCGUCUUUACGACUUCUCUUGUCGGUUACCCGGAGUCGAUGACCGAUCCCUCGUACCGAGGCCAGAUUCUCGUCUUCACUCAGCCAUUGAUUGGAAACUACGGUGUUCCCUCUAACGAGCGUGACCAGUGGAACCUUCUAAGGCACUUCGAGUCUCCUCAUAUUCAGUGCGCAGGAAUUGUUGUUGCCGAUUUCGCCGAGAAAUACAGCCACUGGACCGCGGUGGAGAGUUUGGGUGACUGGUGUGCCCGAGAGGGUAUUCCGGCCAUCUCGGGUGUCGAUACUCGUGCCAUCGUCACUCACCUACGAGAGCAGGGUUCUUCCCUCGCUAGGAUCUCUGUUGGCGAUGAAUACGACGCAGACGAAGACGAAAGCUUCGUUGAUCCUGGCCAGAUUAACCUUGUGAAGCGGGUCAGUACUAAGGCCCCCUUUGUUGUGGAGGCCCACAACCCCAAGUAUCAUAUCGCGUUACUUGACUGUGGUGUCAAGGAGAAUAUCCUCCGGAGCUUGGUGAGCCGUGGGGCUAGCGUAACGGUGUUCCCCUACGAUUUCAAGAUUCAGAAGGUCGCCGACAAUUUUGAUGGUGUAUUCAUUUCCAACGGCCCUGGCGAUCCGACCCAUUGCCAAGCUACCGUACAUAACCUCAACGUGCUGAUGGAAACUUCCCAAGUGCCCAUUAUGGGUAUCUGUUUAGGCCACCAGCUACUGGCUCUAGCCACUGGAGCUCGAACCAUCAAGCUGAAGUAUGGUAACCGGGCACACAACAUCCCGGCUCUAGAUAUGACAACCGGGCAGUGCCACAUCACUAGCCAGAACCACGGCUAUGCUGUCGAUGCCAGCACGUUGGGUAGCGAAUGGAAGGAGUAUUUCGUUAAUCUUAAUGACGGUAGUAAUGAAGGCAUGCGCCACAUCUCCCGACCAAUCUUCUCAACCCAGUUCCACCCCGAAGCUAGGGGUGGUCCUAUGGAUAGCUCCUACCUCUUCGACAAGUACAUUGAAGAUGUGAUGGCCUUCAAGGCGUGCCAGGCUGUUUACAAGGAUAACAGGCCGUCCCAGUUCAUGCUUGACAUUCUAAGCAAGGAACGCGUUGGUGUUCAACCGGAGCCUUUGGCUAGCGCUGCUUAG